UUCAGCUUGUUUGAAGCGCAAACUAAAGUCGCCUUCGCUUUUGGUUUAAUUCACCCUCUCAACUGCAUUCACUCUUGGAUUUCACUGCUAUUGAAUCUCGAUCACACAAUUGGCACUUUGCGAAGAUAAGCACGUCCAAUCAUUCACACACAACAUAUACUCACGGAGAGAGAGAGUGAGAGAGAAAGAGAGAAUGGGUGAAGCAGUCCCGACAUUACUGUGGAACCACCUUAGCUCAGCCUCUCUUUCCAUCUGCCGUUUGUGUCCUUCUCAACUCCACCGCUCACACGGCCGCAGCCAAUACCCAAAUGUCACUGGCAGUUUCAGGCCAAGAAUCAGUUGCAAAGCCGUUGAAAUUGAAGCCCCUGCGACAGCGGCCGGGCCCAGAAUCAAGAAAAGCACAUACGGCAUCGAGAACUUGACAACAUGGCUUUUGAAGCAAGAACAGGCGGGCCACAUAGACGCCGAGCUCACAAUCGUUCUCUCCAGCAUUUCGUUAGCCUGCAAGCAGAUAGCUUCUCUGCUUCAAAGAUCCAGCAUUAUCAAUCUCACUGGAGCUCAGGGCACCGUUAACAUCCAGGGCGAAGAUCAGAAAAAGCUCGACGUCAUUUCCAAUGAGCUGUUCUGCAACUGUCUGAGAUCCACCGGGAGGACUGGGAUUAUAGCAUCAGAAGAAGAGGAUGUACCGGUAGCAGUUGAAGAGACCUAUUCUGGGAAUUACAUUGUCGUUUUCGACCCCAUUGAUGGCUCUGCUAAUAUUGACACUAGCUUAACGACAGGAUCCAUCUUUGGGAUUUAUGCCCCGGAUAAGCAAUGCCUUUUCAACAUAGAUGAUGAUUCCGCGCUUGAUCAAGCAGAACAGAAGUGCAUAGUCAGUGUUUGCCAGCCAGGAAGCAACUUAUUGGCUGCAGGCUACUGCCUAUACUCAAGCUCAGUGGUUUUCACAUUCUCCAUAGGGAGAGGAGUGCAUUCCUUCACCCUUGAUCCUACAUAUGGAGAAUUCGUUUUGACACAUGAAAACAUCAAGAUUCCUAGUUCUGGCAGAAUUUACUCCUUCAAUGAAGGUAACUAUGAUUUGUUUGAUGAAAAGCUGAAGAAGUACCUGGAUGACUUGAGAAAACCAGGUCCCAACGGCAAGCCAUAUUCAGGCCGUUACAUAGGUUGUCUGGUUGGUGAGAUUCACCGAAUGUUGCUGUUGGGUGGUAUCUAUGGAAAUCCAGACAACAAAAACAGCAAGAAUGGGAAUCUGCGGCUGUUGUAUGAGUGUGCACCAAUGAGCUAUUUGAUAGAGCAAGCCGGGGGAAAAGCCACUGAUGGUCGCAGAAGAAUACUAGAUAUCAAGCCUGACCAGAUUCACCAACGCACUCCAAUAUUCAUCGGAAGCCCAGAUGAAAUUGAUAAUCUGGAGAAGUAUUUGUCUUAAGAGUAGCUCCAGAUAUGUCAAGUUCCUGAUUCAAACUUGUCCACCACAUACUUGAAGAAUGUCAAUGGGCAAGGUCAAGAUUAGAUGGUAUAGGUUGUUAUACUUGCAUGAAAUUCAGUAAGGAUUGGUACAUACUUCCAUUGAGAAUCAAAUAAAUACAAAGAAGCCAUUUCAUUCA